AUGCUGCCUGGGGCCCGGGUGCUGAGCCGGACGGAGCAGGCGCAGGCCAUCGCCAACCUGCUGCGGCAGUGCCCGGCCGAGGAGUUCGCCGCGGCCUUCAGUGACCUGCGCACGCUGCUGGCGGAUGAUGGCCUCUUGCUGCAGGAAGCUCCUGGCCUCUGCGCCUGGCACAACAAGGUCCACUUUACCCCGGUGAGGACACCGGAGUGCCGGGUGCUGCUGACUUGCCACAACGCGCUGGAGGAAAACCGCUUCUUCGACCCGCAGGCCCAGCUCUCCUUCAAAUACGACCACGUGCGAGGAGAGGCGAGCGAUUUCCAGGCCCACGCCCAGGAAGAUGGAAAAGCAGAGAUGUGGAGAAGGGCUCUUGAGGAGGCCCUGGGGGCCUAUGUCAGCCACCACUACCCAAAAGGCCUUUGCAGUGUCUUCGUUAAAGACACCGCCAUGAGGAAAAUCCUGGUGGCCUGUAUCCAGGCCUCUGUGCCCAAACCCUCUCCGCUCUGGAGCAGCCUGUGGAAGUCCGAAUGGACUUUCACCCUCACCCCUUCCACAUCUACACAGGUGACGGGAACCAUUGAUGUCCAAGCUCACUACUUCGAGGGUGGCAAUAUCCAUCUCACAGCGUGCAAGGAGGUGACGGAGUCCCUGCCGGUUUCCAGCAGGACGCAGGCCAUCAGGGCCUUCGUGAAGCUGGUGGAGGAUUCGGAGGGCCGGCUCCAAGCAGGGCUAAUGGAGGAAUACCAGAGGAUGAACGGCACCUACCUCAAGGCUUUCCGGAGGCAGCUGCCCAUCACCCACAGCACGAUCGACUGGGAGAAGAUAAUGACAGCGAGGAUUGUGAAGGUUCCUGCCCUGCGCUGA